CUCUUUAAAGCCCCAGGCAGCCAGGUGCUUCCCGCAGGCAACUGCUUUCCCAGGGGAGAUGGUUGCAAGGCUCCGGCCAAAUCAUUAAUUAUCGGUCCAAGCGCUUUUCUUCCUGGAGAGUGCUCUGACUGGGCUGCAAGGCCACUUGUGUGUGCGCUGGUCUCUCAAGGCUGAUCUACUCCAUUCAGCGCGCUCCAGGGAAGACAGGGGGCGGGCAGGACUGGUUGGAGGGGGAAAGCUGCAGCGGCGGCGGCUCGAAGUGGGGGUGGCGAAUAAGCAAUCGUGCCUUCAUUUGGUGCACAACCCACAACGCAGUGUCAAAUGACGGAGACACAACCUAUUAAAAAAAAAAAGGAGAGAGAGCGCAAAUCCGUCGGCAUUCAACACUCUUUGUGCGUUUUCAAGAAAGUUUGUUUUCCAAGAAGGAACUUAACCCCGCAGCCCCGCAGCUGGAGCGCUUCUUCACCUUCACUUCGAAUUCCCGCGCCCGGUCCCGCCCACCCCUGCGGUGCCAACACUUCAAUCAUCCAAGCCGCCUUUGCUAGGAGAUGGAGGAUCCCUUUGGCCCCGGCCCUCUGCCGCAGGUACCUAACCUCUCCAUCCCGCUGGGCCACGGUACCAACCUAUCGUCUGUGGGGGGUUCUGCUGCCGGGAUGCUGCCCCCGCCUCCCACUCUUCCAAGCCAUAAGGUCCGGCUCGUUUCCCUCGGGAUAAUCUUGGUGGUGGCAGUGGUGGGCAACGCCACCGUGCUUUGUACGCUGUGCGGCAGUGGCGGCGGACCCUGGGCCGGCCCCAAGCGUCGGAAAAUGGACUUUCUGCUAGUGCAGCUGGCCCUGGCCGACCUGUACGUGUGCGGGGGGACAGUGCUGUCGCAGCUGGCUUGGGAGCUGCUGGGGAACACCCACCUGGUGACGGGUGACCUGGCCUGCCGGGUAGUGAAGCUGCUGCAGGUGUCAGCGCUCCUGGCCUCCUCCAACAUCCUCGCCCUCAUCUGCCUGGAGCGACACCGGGUGGUGAGCCGGCCCCUGGGCCCUCCCCUCCCCACCCGCGCCCUUGCCGCCCUAGGCUGGCUGUUGGCACUGCUCCUCGCCCUGCCCCAGGCUUUUGUGGUCCGUGGCGGGCCGGCCGCCGGCCUCCCCGACGGCUACAGUGGGGUUCCCGCCUUGCCCUCGGCUGCGUCCACGCCCGACUCUUCCCUAGCCACCUCGCAGAGCCCGCCAGGGCCGUCGGCUUCUGCCCGGGCGUGGUCCGGGGAGCGCCGGUGCCGUACCAUCUUUGGAGCCCUGCCUCGCUGGCACCUGCAGGUCUACACGGUGUAUGGGGCCGUCGCGGGCUUCCUGGCCCCUCUUGCCAUUCUGGGCGUCGCCUGCGGCCGCCUGCUCUGGACUCUGUGGCAGCAGCGACCCCAGGCGUCAGCUCCUGUCCCCUGGUCCCCCUGCGCCUGGGAGGCUGGCCACUGCAGAGCCCCGGCUCGAAGCGCACUCACCCGAGCCAAGGUGCAAAGCCUGAAGAUGACGUUGGUGCUGGCCCUGCUCUUCGUGGUCUGCGAGCUGCCCUACUUCGCGGCGGAGCUGGCGGCUGCUUGGUCGUCCGAGCCCCCUGACGAAGGGCCGGGCGAGGGCUUGGCCUCUGCCCUGGGCGUCGUGGUGGUCACCAACAGCGCCCUCAAUCCCUAUGUCUACCUCUUCUUCCAAGCUGGUGACAGCCGGCUGCGGCGGUUAUGGAGGAGGCUGGGCACCGUCUGCUGCUGUGGCCACUGCCCGAAGAAAGGAGACGGGGAGGACGAGGACGAGGCGGCCCGGGGACACCAGCCACUCCACCGGCACCGCUGGCCCCACCACCACUAUCAUCACCAUCAUCGUCGGGAGCAGGCUGGCACUUCCACGUCGGAGGGCUCCCUUCACCUACCACUACCGCCUGCCCCAAAGCAGCUCCCCUGCUCCUGUGAAAGCGCCUUCUAGUCAGUUGAGUGGCUUAAGUUUUGACUUCUGAGACUUUCAGGGGGAAGCCUGGGAAGCCCACCUCUCCAGAGAUCCCUGAUUAACAAGAAAAGCAGGUGGUUUACUUUAAAGCCUCCUUCCUUACCUUUUUUCUUUUUCUUCUUCCCUCCCUUUUCUGCCCUUCUUUUCCCCU